CGUUACAGCAAGCAUUUCACUCAACGAGCUUCAGUGUGUGCCUCAGAACGGAUUUUUAGUUUUUUACUCCGCGUUGAAACCCUAACUGAUUCAUCGUUUCUUCGGAGUUCAAUUCGUUUUGCUCUGUUUCAAGGUUAAGUUUGGAUUUGAUGGAGCAAAUGUUCGGUAAAAACGGUCUGAAGAAGGUUCAGUUGCUUCCAGCUAGGAAUGAUGAGCAUGGAGGAGUCAUAGUCGAACUUCAGGAGCCUAUGGAUUCAAAUGUCUUUUACUCCAUGCUUCGAGCUUCGCUAGUCCAAUGGAGGCUGCAGGGCAAGAGGGGUGUAUGGAUCAAGGUCCCAAUUGGACUUGCAAAUCUGAUUGAUACCGCAGUUAAGGAAGGUUUUUGGUUUCACCAUGCUGAGCCUUCUUACCUGAUGCUUGUAUAUUGGAUUCCUAAAACACCUGAUACCAUCCCUGCAAAUGCCACACAUCGAGUGGGUAUUGGUGCUAUUGUCAUGAAUGAACAUAGAGAGCUGCUGGUUGUACAAGAAAACAGUGGCAAUUUCAAGGGAACUGGCAUCUGGAAGAUCCCUACUGGAGUUGUUGAAGAGGGUGAGGAUAUUUUUGAGGGUGCAAUUAGAGAAGUAAAAGAAGAGACAGGAAUUGAUACAGAAUUUGUGGAACUACUAGCUUUCAGCCAAACACACAAGUCAUUCUUCGAGAAAUCAGAUUUGUUCUUCGUCUGUGUGCUACGUCCCUUCUCAUUUGCCAUUGAGAAGCAAGACCUUGAAAUCGAGGCAGCCCAGUGGAUGCCAUUCGAAGAAUAUGCAGCCCAGCCUUUCAUUCAAAAACAUAGUUUUUUCAAGUACAUCAAUGAUUUAUGGUUGGCCAAAGAAGUGGGGAAAUACAGGGGUUUUGUUCCCGUGCCAAUAACCUCAUUCUUCAAUGAUCCAAUAAGCUACCUUUAUCUCAACAAGCGAGAUCUGAACCAGCCAAAUCUUAGUAAAAUUCAUCCCCUGACGGAGUAGAGUUAGUUCACCAGAAGCAUAUGGAUAUAACUCUGUAGUGAUAAACCCCCUCCCCUCUGAUUUGUUAAUUAUUAUUUUUUAUAGCAGAUUUUGUCUUUUUAAUUUGAGAAUAACUUAUGGCAGGCUUGUCAUCAUUGGCCUCCCCCUUGUAUC